CUGAUUAUUCUCGUUCAUCAUACCCAAUUUCUUAUAAUUGUUGGUUUAUCCUCAUCGUAGCUCGUUGUACAUAUGUAGAAUCCUUGGUAUUCUAUAGAUAUUAAUGGUGGUCAUACAUGUAGGAAACAAUUGAAUUAUGGGAAUUCAGAAACCGGCUUGGUUAGAUGCACUUUACGCAGAAAAGUUCUUUGUUGGAUGUCCGUACCAUGAGACGGCAAAGAAGAACGAGAAGAACGUGUGUUGUCUUGAUUGUUGCAUCAGCCUCUGCCCUCACUGUGUACCAUCACAUAGAUAUCAUAGACUACUCCAGGUUCGCCGUUAUGUGUAUCACGAUGUUGUUCGGCUUGAAGAUCUUCAGAAACUCAUCGACUGCUCUAACGUUCAAGCUUAUACAAUAAAUAGUGCAAAAGUUGUUUUCAUCAAGAAGAGACCACAGAAUAGACAAUUCAAAGGAGCUGGCAACUAUUGCACUUCAUGUGACCGAAGUCUUCAAGAACCGUUUAUCCAUUGCUCCUUGGGUUGUAAGGUGGACUUCGUGAUGAAACGUUACAGGGACAUAACUCCAUUCCUAAAGCCAUGUCACAUUCUAACCCUAGGCCCUGACUACAUCAUCCCACAAGACUUACUCGCGGAUGAUGACGUUGCUGCGUACGAAACUCCCGGCUCUACGGUGGUCGACGGUGAUGAGUCCAUGAGCUGGUCAUCGACUUCCUCCGAUCUACGAGACGCUGCGACCACCACCCACGUCGUGAGGAAAAAGCGAACCGGUUUCUGUUUCUGUCCCAAAUCGGCUAAUAGUUAUAAAGUAGUUUCUGAGGAUCCUGACGAUAUUUCUACUUGCAUCAAUCGGCGCAAAGGCAUUCCUCAACGAUCUCCUCUCUGUUAA